AUGGCGCUGAUCCUCGAAAGAAUGGGGCUGUGGCGGUGGCGGCUGGAGCCGUCCCCGCUCCAGUGCCGGAGAGGAAAUCCCACCCUCGCCGUCGCCGUUGUCUACUGGGGGACGGAGGAGAUUGCGGAACUCCGUGACUCCUCCAUCCAAGCCAGGCGGUGCAUAUACCGGGCCCGACGAAGAGGCGAGGAUGUCACGAGGGCUCAGGAGGGCUACCUGACUACCAGGAAGGCCCUCCGAGCCGCCAUCGCCGAGGCUAAGCGAGCCUGGGAGCAAAUGAUGUGUUCCCUGGACGACGAUCCGUGGGGGCGCCCGUACAAGAGGGUGAUGGGCAAGACCCGCCCUUGGGCGCCCCCGCCAACGGAAACGUUGGACAGCCAGGCCUUCGAUGGCCUCCUCGACACCCUCUUCCCGAGGGUGGAAGGGGGCCCACCCAAGAUUCCGUCCACCGAAAUGAAGGAGGAAGACUGGGAGGAGGGCCUAGGACCGGAGGAGCUCGUCAGGGCCAGGAGAAAAUUCGGAGGUAAGGGGAAGCUUCCGGCGCCGAUGGAAUCCCUGGCCGAGCCUGGGCUCUCGCCCUCGGCGAGGAAAACCUAUUCGCGGCCUUACGCGGGCACCUGUCUUCAGAGGGGCCGAAUCUCCACGACCGUCAAUACGGAUUCAGGCCUGGAAGGCCUGGAUGCAAUCCAGUACCUCCGGGACCUGAACGGGGCGGUCGCGGAGAGGGAGGGCGGGAUGUUGCUGACGGUGUCGCUAGACAUCAAAAACGCCUUCAACACCCUGCCUUGGCCGGAGAUUGGACGGGCACUCGAGCACCACGGUGUGCCCGUCUAUCUUCGGCGGAUAUUGGCGGCCUACUUCGAGGACAGAGAUCUCGCCUUCCCGAAGAAGGGCGGGGUCCAAAGCUGCCACGACAUCUGCUAUGCAGACGACACGUUAGUGGCGGCCGGGGGAAGAGCUGGGGGGGAAGCUCGUCUCCGUGCGGAGGCUGCAGUGGCAUCGGUGGUAAGAACCAUCGUGAACCUAGGUCUGAAGGUGGCGCCCCAAAAGAUGCUGGCCUCCAGGGUGCGCGGAGUUGGACUGGCAGUGGCCAGUCUCCUGCGCAACCUUGGGGGUCCAGGAUGGAGGGCUCGCCGCCUGUACGCGACUGCUGUCCUAUCUAUCGCCCUGUACCGGGCACCGAUAUGGGCGCCCCAGCUCAGCGCCUGUCGCGAUAGCUUAAGUCGCAUGCGGCAGGCGCUGAAGCCGAUGUUCAUCAGGGCGUAUCGAAGGAUCAUGCAGGAUGAUGCGGACCGCGAAGUGUGGGUCUACGAGCUGACACUAGAGCAGUUACGAGACCAAGCGACGGCGCGCGGAAUAAAUGCGACGGGCAACGCGGCGACGCUCCGUGCACGCUUGCUCCGUUAUGAGCGAGCGGGGCGCCGAGAUCCUCCGCCGCCAUCACCGGCGGAGGACGCGAUGCGUUCACCGCUGCCGAGCGAUGACGUCGCUGGGAAGCUAGAGGAACCGGAGUUCAUCGAUCGAACAAUCCUCGAGCCGGGGAGAUUAGCUCCCGACACAGUGAAAGUGCCGACGGUGCGAAUAUCGUCGCCGUACUGGGCGGUGCCGCCGCCGCCGUUAUCGCUACCGCCAGAGGAGAUGCCUCCUCUGUUCGUACCGCAAGCAGAUGAGGAUCUGUUCAAGUGUUUACCGUUUUUCCUCACCGGCAUAGCCCUCAAUGGUACCGCAUCAAAAGAUCUCGUUGGGUUUCGUGGCGCGAUUUCGAAGUAG